GAGCGGCUGCGCAUCGCCCCGGGCCGCCCUCACGGCCGCCCCCCGCGCGCCGGUGAAAGGGUGCGCCAACAACACGCCGGUAUAAAAGCUGCCAGCGCUCCCCGACCGACAUCAUUCGAUCUCCAUCCACACUCGACACAAUGGCAUUCAAGUUGGUAAUCCUCUUGGGCCUGGUGGCGGCCUGCAGCUGCGGGGUGGUGCCCGCCGCGCCGCUCGCCUACGCGUCCGCGCCCCUGUACCACUCUGCCGCCCCCGUGUACCACUCCGCCCCUGUAGCCUACGCCGCCCCCGUGGCCAAGUACGCCGUGGCCGCCCCCGUCGCCAAGGUAGCAGUCGAGGAGUACGACGCUCACCCGCAGUACAGCUUCGCGUACGACGUGCAGGACGGUCUCACCGGAGACUCCAAGAGCCAGCACGAGUCCCGCGACGGAGACGUCGUGCGCGGCUCCUACUCGGUCGUCGACCCCGACGGCACCAAGCGCACUGUCGAGUACACCGCCGACGACCACAACGGAUUCAACGCUGUCGUGCACAAGGAGCCCGCGGCGGUCAAGGUCGCCAAGAUCGCCGCCCCCGUCGCCUACUCCGCCCCCCUGGUCCACGCCGCCCCCGUCGUCGCUAAGGUCGCUACCCCCGUGGCCUACCAGCAGUACGCCGCCCCCGCGCACUACCAGCAGUACGCCGCCGCCCCCGUCCAGUACGCGGCCGCCCCCGCCUACUACUCGGCCGCCCCCGCCCACUACGCCGCCGCCCCCGUGGCUAAGCUGGCCACGCAGGUCGCGUACUCCGCCCCCGUGGUGCACGCCGCCCCCGUCGCCAAGUUCGCCGCCCCCCUGACCUACGCCGCCGCCGCCCCCGCCUACUACCACCACUGAACUCAUGCCAAAUACAAUCACGACUCACGUAUUGCUUUACAAUAUGUGAUACGUGGUGCAAACUCAUUAGGAUAGGUAAUUUAUAAUUUAAUAAAUAUUUUCUAUCCUCAA